GGGUCCUUUAUUUAUCAUAUCAAUCCGUGGGGGAACAACGUCACAAACGUUCGAUUUGUUUCCGAAUCGGGAUAACGCUCUCAUUUUCGAAGAGUAUGUAGCGGAAAUAUGGCUGCUAUUGCUAAAACGGAUACGGGUUGAGCUACGAAUACACAGGGAAGGACCGAAGGAUACCAAGAGGUUUGAGAAGAUGCUCAGAAGAAACAUACACCUUAGCCCUGAUGUUAUUCUUGCUGCUAUGCCGAAGCUGUCUAGCAGCAGCAUCGAUCCGUACACGAAUCACGAAAAGGUUUCUUGGGUUAUGAAUGGUGCAGUCCAGCAGCCGAUAGGUCUCCAUAUGGUCAAGCCGUUCAGCAAGAUUAGGGGAUUCCACAAACAAAUGGGAGAGGUCUUGAGAGCGGUGAUGGAGCUUGAAGGCAAUGUUCUGCACGGUACAGAACGGGAGCAUGCCGGGAUACCGUCUGAGCUUGAGGGUGAUGAAGUGCAGUGCAAGGAACAGGACCAAGCAGACCGCCUCCUUGAUAGGAUAAUUAAAACAUCUACGCGCCAUCUGGAGCUGCAUGGUGAGGAGCGGCACCCUGAAUACUCCAAUGCUGGAAUACCACGAGAUGUUGGAUCCUGGAUUCAGCAAACAAGCGGAAGGAAGCUAGGGGGGAUCAUCUCCGAGAGCUGGUAGCUUGCCUUACUUGAAAUAUGUCAGGCUUCUCCCCCAAAUUUGAGGAAUUAAAAAAGAGCUCUCCGCACUAUCCUCUAACAGUUUUUAGUGAUUUUGCUGUGGUGCUUCCGUUGUUGCUGUUGCAGUUUGUUGCUUGCCUCGAUUUCUUUUGUGGCUUUGAUGAAUCGCACGUUGAAUCUAUGACAACUCUACCCAUCGGCCCCCCUGUUGGUUGUGCGGAGGAAAUUCACCCUUGAGAAU